UCAUCAUAGUAAAUGUCACCUCCUAAAUCCUAAUCAGUAGAGAGUUUAAUCAUUGCAAUUUGCACAGCACUUGGAGUUUUUAUAUUUGCAUAGGAUCCUUUCAAAUUCUGUGCCCAUUUUCUGACUUCUUGCAGUUUGAUCUUGUUGGAGAGGUUUUUAGGAUCAUCAAGCUAUUUGGGUAACUUUUUAAUGUGAGUGAGGCUGGGAUUUGAGCAACAUCUCUACUUUGCUCACAUAACUUUCUUGAGUUCUAAUGCAACUGAAAGUGCUUGCUUUUUCUAUCUAUUUGGGUUACUUCAUUAUUAGCUCAUCAUUAUUACCUUAUCUGGGUCUUUUCUGUUAGACUGUAACUGUUUUCUGGUACAACAAAAACAAGUAACAUUUUUCCACAAUUGUAAACAAUUCUUGUUGUACUGGCUGUGUCUUCAAAGUACUAAUUUUGGGUUAAAGAAAAUUACUGGGUCCUGCUGAAUAAUAGUACAUAAAUUUCCGGGUCUUCUCUGCUUUUUGUUUCUGUUUCUUUGAAGUAAAACUCCCUCUCUCUCUCUCUCUCUCCCACUUCUCACAUAUUCUGUUUGUAUUUUUCUCUGAGACAUGUUCAUUUCAACUGAAUAUGAACAGAUCUCAGUUCAGUUCAUCAAUGGGAGCUUAGAAUCACCUCCCAUGGAAUCAAACCCGGACCCCAAUGAUGGGUUGUCGGCUGUCUCUUCUUACUCGGAAUCACCACCUCUUCCGGCCACUUGUACCGACGUCAAUGUCGUCCCGGAGCAUGAAAACGAUCAGCUUCAGCAGACAGUGUGCAAUCUUGAAGGAGAGAUUGCACAGUUGAAGAUGAAUCAGAAGCUAUGGGAUGAGAAGAGGAGAGAAGCUUUGAAUAAGAUCAUAGGCAUCAAAGGCAGUAUUCGAGUGUUUUGUCGAGUUAGACCAUUCUUAGUGAUCAACAAGAGAAGAAUUCGCGAACCGUUUUCGGCUGGAUCAGAGAAGAUUGUGGUGAUGGCUUCUGGAGCAAGAAAAGAAUUUCAGUUUGACAAGGUCUUUCCCCAAGAUACAAGCCAGGAAGAUGUAUUUGCUGAGGUGGAACCAAUUAUCAGAUCUGCACUUGAUGGACAUAAUGUGUGUGUUUUUGCUCAUGGUCAAACUGGCACUGGCAAGACAUUUACCAUGGAUGGCACAAAUGAGGAGCCAGGAAUCAUUCCUAGAGCUCUCAGAGAGAUAUUCAGUCAAGCCUCGUUGGAUAGCUCGUCUUCUUUAUCGUUUUCUAUGAGCAUGUUGGAAGUUUACAUGGGCAAUCUCAGGGAUCUACUAUCUCCAAAAGCAGUCACUAGACCACAUGAAGCUGGAACAAGAUGCAAUCUCAACAUUCAAACAGACACAAAGGGAUUCAUAGAAAUCGAGGGUCUUACAGAAGUGCCAGUUCCUGAUUUUGCUAAAGCUAGAUGGUGGUAUAAUCGGGGGAAGAGAGUUAGAUCCACUGCUUGGACUAAUGUGAACGAGGCGUCUAGCAGGUCUCACUGCUUAACGAGAAUAACCAUAUUCCGACAUGGAGAUGCUUUGGGAGCCAAAAGGGAAGUGAGCAAACUGUGGUUGGUUGAUCUUGGUGGAAGCGAAAGAUUGCUUAAAACAGGAGCAACUGGACUAACAUUGGAUGAGGGAAGAGCCAUAAAUCUUUCUCUUUCAGCUUUGGGGGAUGUUAUUGCUGCUCUGAGAAGAAAACGAGGCCAUGUGCCUUACAGGAAUAGCAAACUCACACAGAUACUUAAAGAUUCCUUAGGUCAUGGUUCAAAAGUUUUGAUGCUUGUGCAUGUCAGUCCAUGUGAAGUAGAUGUCGCGGAAACAAUCUGUUCUUUGAUCUUUGCAAAGAGGGCAAGGGGUAUAGAGAACAAUAGGGAAAUAUCAGAGGACCUAAAGAAGCAAAAGGAGAAAAGGACGAAGGAGCUUGAGAAUGAAAUGAGAGAAGCUGAAGAAGAAUGUCAGAAAGUUAAAAAUCAAAUACAGAAGGCCGAGUUACUGUUACAUGAAAACAUAAAGAUCUUCUCAAGCACUUGUGGACAUUCUGAAGUUGAGGGUGUCCCAAUCAGUCCCAAAGAAGUUGUGAAGGAAGUCAUAGAAACACUGCGAAAGCGUGAGAAGGCAAGUAGAGAAACUGCUGCAAAUUCUUUGCCUCGGUUCAUGACUUCCACUGCAGCCAGUCGACAUAGACAAACUGCUGCAGAAAGACAAAUAGUUGGCAAAGCAAGAAGCUUGAGAUCAUAUGUAACCAAAAGCUCAAUCCAAUUCUCGGCUUCACAAUCAAUGAGCUACUCCUCGGAUGCUCGGUUCAGAACCAUUUUGCAUAAUUCAAACAGAAAAUCCCGAUACUCAUUAGAAACAGACACUGUCCCUGCAGAGAGUCCCAGGUGCCAUGUCUCAGCAGAGCUGUCCAAGACAGCUUCUUCACUACCGCGAAGCAAGAUGGUCACUUCAUCGGAUCCAAACUUGAAAAUUAUGCUCAAUCGUCAUAGAAGAAGAAUGUCUGAUCUAAUCUAACUAUCUAAGCACUACUAUCCAAGUGUGAAAAAGAACGAGCUCGAUUGUUUGCUAGAUGGUUUUCUGGUACAGCAUGAAUAAUAUUGGUGUGCAUGGCUUCUAUAGGGAGAGUGUGGUGUGAUAAUGUGACUCAGGGUAGUCUCAUUAGCUUUGUUGCUUGCUGGGGGUGGUGUUAAAUAUUUGCUUACACAACCCCUUCAUAGUUCAUACAUUGAUUUGGUCUAGGCUUGCAGAUCAAUGUAGUUAAUUAGUUGUUGACAGAAGCUUGUAAACCAUAUGGGGACACUUUGUUUUUAGAGUUCAUAUGGAGAAAGAUGAA